CUCAGCGGUGAUGGCAGCGAUGGCUUUGCUCCAUGUCUUCAUCCUGCUGGCAUUGGCCUGGCUGGUGCAUGGCUCCUGGGACAGCUGUGGAGGGACCUGCGGUACGCGUCCCAUGGCUGAUUCCUAUGGGGUGUCGCGCAUCGUCGGAGGCGUGGAUGCGCACCAGGGCGCCUGGCCAUGGAUGGUCAGCAUCCAGUUCCCCACGGCCACCGGCUUCUCGCACAUCUGCGGGGGGUCCCUCAUCACCCCGCAAUGGGUCCUCACGGCCGCUCACUGCUUCGUCGGGCAAAAUCCUGACCCCCUUUGUGUCCCCACAGCGGGGGCAUCGUCCCCAUCUGCCCUGCAGGAGGCCAAGGUCCGCCUCAUCGAUGCCAAGCUCUGCAACAGCAGCCUAUGGUACCGAGGGGCCAUCAAGAGCCACAACCUGUGUGCUGGGUACCCGCAGGGUGGCAUCGACACCUGCCAGGGUGACAGUGGCGGUCCCCUCAUGUGCCGGGACAACAAUGCCAACUUUUUCUGGGUUGUGGGGCUGACGAGCUGGGGCCGCGGCUGCGCCAGGGCCAAGCAACCGGGGGUCUACACCUCAACAAGGCACUUCCAUGAGUGGAUCCUCCACCAGCUGGGGACGUUCCACUCCGCGGGAGCCUCCGCGACGCCCCCGACAUGGAGCCACCAGCACGUCUCGCAUGCGCCCAUCCAGCAGACGAUGCCUGCUCCGACGGCCUCGAGCACCAGUGACAUCUGCUCCUUCCCAUACCGGGUGCUCGUGGAAUUUGUCAGUCGGGUGCAGGAGUUGCUGCAGGCUCUAAGGGGGAAGAAGCCUUGA